CGCAUAGCGAGCCGCAUCACUCUUCCGGGAACAGAGCCCAGGGGCAUUCAACCGAAGCGACGGGAUACCACGCGGCGGUCAGUGUUCCGGAACCAAAAAAUUGUCCCAGAUAUAGCCGGCGGGAAGUCCUGGUCCGCUACCAGCCCACCCCGGGCUUAAAGAUGGGGCUGUUGCAUGCAUCGCCGGGCUCAUCGGGGCUGCUAACCGCGCCUUGCAGUCCAAACGAGCAGACGCUUAGCCCUGUAGAGCAAUGCAGAUCUUCAACCGACUCGCCGUCGCGGCGUCAGUGUACGCCACUGCAUGGUUGGCACUCGGCCCGGCUCCCGUCACGGCCUCGCCUGCGGUGAGCUACAACAACUCGCUCGUUGAGCAGCGCGCCGAUCCCCACAUCAUGAAGCACACCGACGGAUGGUACUACUUCACGGCAACAGUUCCAGCCUACGACAGGAUUAUCCUACGCCGGGCCCAGACCAUCCAGGGGCUGAGUCAAGCCGCCGAGACGACAAUCUGGCGGCGAAAGUCGUCGGGGGUCGGUAGCGGGCAGGUCUGGGCCCCCGAGAUCCACUUCAUCGACGGCAAGUGGUACAUCUACGUGGCGCUGGGCGUCGCCAACCAAUGGCACAUCCGGCCGUUCGUGCUUGAGGGAACGGGCAGCAACCCCCUGACGGCCACCUGGACAGAGAAAGGCCUCAUCAGAACCAACUGGGACACCUUCUCGCUUGACGCGUCAACCUUCGUGGUCAACGGCACGCGGUACUUGAUCUGGGCGCAGCAAGAGCCAAGCCGGUCCGACGAAAAUUCCAGCAUCAUGAUCGCACCACUCCAAAACCCCUGGACGAUCCGUGGCACCGCCGUCGCCAUCUCGCGGCCGGAACUCUCCUGGGAGCGGGUCGGGUACAAAGUCAACGAAGGGCCCUUCGUGAUCCAGCGCAACGGCAAGAUCUUCCUGACGUACUCGGCCAGCGCGACCGACCACAACUACUGCAUGGGCAUGCUGACAGCGUCGGCCGACGCCAACCUCAUGAACCCUGCCUCAUGGAGCAAGUCGCGAAACCCCGUGUUUGUCAGCAACCCGGCCACGAACCAGUGGGGGCCGGGCCACAACUCCUUCACCGUGUCCGAGGACGGACAGAGCGACAUCAUGGUCUACCACGACCGCGGGUACAGGGACAUCCGGGGGGACCCGCUCAACGACCCGAACCGGCGGACACGGGUGCAGAAGCUGUACUGGAAGGCGGACGGCACGCCGGAUUUCGGGAUCCCGGUGCCUGACGGGCCCACGCCGGUUCGGCUGCGGUCGUAUGCUGAUGCGGGGAGAUUUGUACGGUUCUCUGCUGCCGGAUCAUCUGGCGUCCCGAGCGGAGAAGCGGCUCUGGCGGAUACGCAGUUCCGGAUUGUGAGCCCUGGCUUGGCUGGCGGGAGCACGGUUAGUCUAGAGUCGACGAGCAACCCGGGAGUGUUUGUGCGGCGGAUGGACGGGGGACAGGUGCGGUUUGAUGCAAGCGGCAGUCUGAGCUCGGCGGCGGCAAAAGCUGCGGCGAGCUUCAAUCGCCGUGCGGGACUGGCGGAUGGUGACGCGGUCUCGCUGGAGGCGUCGGAUGCGGCUGGGCAGUAUCUUGGUCUGGAGAGCAACGGCCGGCUGGUGGUGUCUGCGGUUGGCAAUGAUGUCGCGAAACAGGGGCAGGCAACAUUUUAUCUGGAAUGAGCUUGAGUUUACGGAGUACUGUUGAGUGUUGAAUGACCAUGGUCGGAUAAAUUAUGACGAAUGAAAAGAGGGAGCACUUCGUAUCUAGCCUGUUAACAAAAAAUGGUGCAAAACU